AAAUAGACAAAGAAACCAGCUUGGAACAUCCAAAGAUGAAGCUCCACUGUGGCCUUACCACUGAAAACUUGGCAGCCAAGUUUGGUCUCCAUGAAAAAGGUCUUGACUUCGAAAUUGUCUUCGUAGAUUGGGUUGCUGGUGAAUCCAAAACAAAAGCCUUUCUUACUAAUCUCAACCCAUUUGGUCAAGUCCCGGUUCUUGAAGAUGGGCAUCUUAAACUUUUUGAAUCAAAGGCGAUCACGCGAUACCUAGCCGAACAAUACAGAGACGUUGGAACUGACUUACUACCAAAUGAUCCCAAAGAGAGAGCAAUCAUGUCGAUGUGGAUGGAAAUAAAUACAAAUCAGUUUCAUCCUUUCGCGUCAACUCUCAUCAGAGAGCUCAUCAUAAAACCAUAUCAAGGCUUAGCCACUGACUUUACAUCGGUUCAAGAAAGCAAAAUGAAGUUAUCAGAAGUCCUAAACAUCUACGAGGCUCGUUUAGGUGAGUCUAGUUACUUAGCCGGAGAAACCUUCACAUUAGCAGAUCUUCAUCAUCUUCCACCCAUUCACUACAUGUUGAGAAUGGAAGAAGAAGGCGUUAAAAACUUGAUAUAUUCACGUCCCAAUAUAACCGCAUGGGUUGAGAAGAUGAAGUUGAGACCCGCUUGGCUAAAAACAGUCGUCAAAGGCGAUCACAUCUUUGAGUUGAUGAAGCAACGUCGUCUGCCUAUACAGUUUGAUGCGUCAUGUCACGAGUUAACCUCUGUGGCUGAGACAACUACGAUGGUGACUAUGAACAAUUAAGUAACCAUUAAGUCAUCAUGCAUGGUCCAUUGUAUGAUCCAUUAUGUUUGUUUUCUUUUUAUCAUCAUGUAUGCAUGGUCCAUUGUAUUAUCCACUAUGUGUGUUUUCUUUUUAUUCAAAAAUAUCAUCUCGCCGUUGUGUAUUUGUAUUAAAAAUAAUAAUUCACUUUGUGAUAUAAAGUUUUACUAUUA